GACACCAAGUCACCCAUCUUCUUACAAGACGUAGAGAAGAGUCAGUUCGAUGCGUUUUUGAACGUCUUGUAUCGCACUUCCUAUACUUCGAACCCGAUCAUGGCCGCCCCAGCCUGGGCCUCCGUCCUCCACCUUGCCUCGGAGUGGAAUUUCCCCUCUAUCCGAGAACUUGCUAUACGGAGCUUUACACCAUCGGCCUCUGACGUCGACAAGGUGGUGCUCGGUCAUCGUUAUCGUUUUGAAGAGUGGCUUCUUCCUGGAUAUACCGGCCUCGUUGAAAGGAAGGAGCCACUCACGCUUGCGGAGGGUACGAGGCUUGGUAUGGAGGAUGUUGUUUCGAUCAAUAAGGCCAGAGAGAAUAUUCGG